AUGAUCCACAAGCUGACCCUCCUCUCGUUGUUCGUUCUCGUCGCCAUUGCCGUGGUUUCGGGAGACGAAACCUCGACCGCCAUUGCCAAAACGACGAAGAAUCUCGUGACGGAGAAAGACGUUAACGGAACUGUUACAUCGAUAGAGCCGACUUUUGAAGAGCGACCGGAAGGAAACCGCGGAGAAGCGGAAGAAAACCCCGCUAAUAUAACCGAAGGCCCUGCCGAUGGUGCCAAUUCCCAAGACUGGACCCAUCUCGCCAUGGGUUAGUUGCUCGUUAGUUAUUUCUCAAUGACUUCAUUUGCAGGUGCCAUGGCCAUCGUCUUCAUCCGUAUGAUGUGA